AUUGCUCGCAAUCUUUAAAAGCCACCCUUGGUGGGCUUCCAUCUUGCACGCAUUUUGCCAGCAAUCUAAGGAAAGCCUCCUGUUUCUGGCUUUACCUUUUCCUUCCUAUUCGAAUUCUUCAUAUAAUAAAAAUGAAAAUGAACCAUAUUUUCUUACCUAUCUUGUUAAUUUCGACGGUUUUAAGGCCGUUGAGGUGAACAGUAAUAAAGGUCUCGUAUUUCGCUCUGCAGUACCAAUCAAAAAUAAAACAUGGGAAAGUAUCAUUGGAAAAAUUCGUAUUUUUCCAAAAGCCAUUUUUGAACCGUCUACACUUGAAGACCUUAUAGAUAUUGUAAAACUAGCAACGAUUACCAAUAAAACUAUUCGAUGUGUUGCUCAAGGGCAUCUCAUGAGUUCUCUUUCUGACACAGAGAAUUAUUUGGUAGUAGUUACAAAUUUGAAUAAAGUCACAGUGCAAAAACAUCCAAAAUAUGGCUGGACUGCUACUGCUGAAGCUGGCACAUCGUUGUCUGAUUUUGAGAAUGCACUCAGAAAUCACGACCCACCAUUGACAAUUGAUUCAGCUACUGAAUAUAACACACUUAGAGUAUCUGGUGUUGUAGCAACAGGAGCACAUGGUGGAAAGACCAGUUCAGGUAUUAUUUCAGAUCAACUUUGCUCGAUGAAAAUCGUCACCGGCUCUGGCGAAGUAAGUGAAUUUAGCGAAGAAAUAAGCGAAUCAGAAUUUAAUGCUGCAAAAGUCAAUCUAGUAUCUAACUUUAUUAUUAUUAGGUUUACUUGGUAUAAUUUAUUCGGUGACUUUCCGUGUACAACUGAUGUACAAUUUCGUAUGAAUGACGUCUUUAUUCCAAUAAACGAAUGGCUUAAUCCAAAGAAUGUCAAAAACCUCUUAGAAUCAUCUGAAGGUGCUAUGUUGCUUUAUUUCCCAUUUAAUGGAUUCAAUCCGAGUGAUCCGAAUUCUCUUGACCCUAAUAGAGAUCAAAUUUGGGUUAAGAACUGGGUACGGACUGAUGAACCUGUGAGCUUCACACAACAACAACUUGAACAAUCACAGGAAAAUCAAAGACAGGAUGCUAUCAUACAGUAUAAGCUCAGAAAUAGUCUCAUACAAAAUCCUAAGGCAACUCCAAAUAUUACUGCCACGUUAUGGAGUGAUUUUACUGCUAGUAGUGGUAAUACUAGUUUUGUAUAUCAGGUUCCUGAAGUUAUCCAUUUCUUGAUUGGCGAAGAAAGCAUCAAGUUUGAAGCAAUGGAAAGUGCAUUCAAAGUUUCUCCAGAUUUUUCCAAUGUUGUUACUGAAUAUCUUUACAUAACUAAAUUACUACGUGACUUUGCAGAAAAAGGAAAAUUUCCAAUAAAUUAUUUUGUAGAGUUUAGAUUCAUAAAAUCAACUGAAGCUUUAUUAUCUAAUACAUUCAAUAAGGAUCCAGAGGUAUUAUACUGUCAUAUAGAUCUUGUAACAGCUGCUGGUACUCCUUACUGGGAAGAAUUUGUGCAAUUAAUAGCACUGAGACUUUUUGAUAAGUACAAAGCAAAACCUCAUUGGACUAAGGAAUGGGAAUAUAUUCCGAAUGUGAGAACUUAUCUUUCAGAGGUUUUAUUGAAUGAAAUUAAACAAUUUGAGAAAAUACGUGCAAAAUACGACCCUAAUAAGAUGUUUUUUGAUAAUAAGUCUUUGCAGGAUAUAUUUAGUAAGGCUUUAAAUG